AUGCCAUAUAUGCAGCAUCCUCCCAUGUCAUACAUGCAGCAGUAUUCACAUUAUCAAACGCCAGUAUAUCAACCUGAGAUGGCUGCUCCUGCUGUAUUUUGUCCUGAAGUUCCAGUUGGGGGGUUUUCUGGAAUGCUUGCUGGUGGUGGAUUUGAUGUGGACUUCACAAGCAAGAGCCUGGUUACGCAAGUGCAGAAGCAUUUAACCAUCCAAAAGAAUAGGAGAGAUGCUAUUGUGAGGCAGGCACGUGUUGACAUCUCUCUGCUUCUCCGAAAUGGACAGCUAGAGCAAGCUUUACCUAGGGUUGAGAAACUCCACAAGGACCAGUGCUUAUUGGCUGCAUAUGAUCAAAUUGCCCAUUUCUGCAAUUGCAUUACCACCAGUAUUGUCCAUGUGUACAAUAACAGGGCAGUGCAGGACUUGCCUGGUGCUGUUGGAGAAGCAGUUGCAAGUUUAAUAUUUGCUGCCUCAAGAUGUGGUGAACUGCCAGAGCUACGUCUGUUGCGUGGCCUGUUCAAAGAGCAAUACGGAUGGGAACUCGACGUUAUCAGUGUCGAAUUACGUGCUGGGAAUCUUGUGAAUUCUCAGUUGAAGGAGAAACUAUGCAUAACUCUGAUUCCGGACGAAGUGAAACAGUAUUUAAUAGGUGAUAUAAUGAAGAACACCAAUGUCCAGCUGGCGCUUCAGGAUAGCCAAGGCACGACACACCAGAAUUAUAGCUUUGCAGACAGAGAUUUCAAGGAUGAGCAGAAAGCUGAUGGGAUUCAAAUACAAAUUCCGAAUUCGGAAACGGAGGAGAGUUCUCGGAUACGUUGUUCGCUGGCGAACGGUAAGCUUUCACUGGCCACGCUAUGCCAUUUUCAUAAUGGCUCAAGUACAACUGCUGGUUCAGUUUGCUUAAACAAAAUCAAGAAAAAUGAUAUCGACUUACGGGACGGAAAUGGAAACCCUAGGACACAUGCCAUGACUACUACACCUAGAAAAAGUACAAAUGGGGAUGCUGUGAACAAAGAUCGCUCCAAGAUGUUGGUGAGGAGUCGCAAUUCUUUCGCUGGUCCGGUUGAUGGACAUAAAAUGGCGCAGGGAACGUCUCCUUGCUCCAGCCAUGUCCACCCCAAGCUUCCGGAAUAUGAUGAUCUAGUAGCCAAACUGAAGUGUCUCAAGGCAGAGUAUAGGCAUCGUAAAAACUUUUCAGUUUUCUGA